AUGGCUCCAACGACGGCCAAAACGCCCUCCAGGGCGACUAAGCCAGCUGUACCCUCAUCCUCGGCCAAACAGCGUUCUAUUGUCUCCUUUUUCCAAAAAGCUCCGCCCUCGAGCCCCGCCCCGGCAUCAUCGCCCCUCAGCAAGAACACUCCCGCCAACAAGCAAUCGUUGUGCCUCCGAGAAACCACCAAGGCCAACUCUCUCCCCAAGUCAACUCCCAAGACCUCCACCAAGCUAUCGACUCCCGUCCCUAGCAGUGACGCUAUCGAACCCCCGAGUUCACAAGAGAACGAGUCAACAGUCAAGAAACCCAAGUCCACAAUGAACAACGACGCUCUCCCAAGCAGCCCUACUCGCAAGGUCAAAAAGGUCGUUAGCUACGCCGAGUCCUCCGAUGACGAGCCCUUCACGUUUGGCGCUUCUAGUGCCCGCCGGCGAUCAAGAGCACGCCCAUCCGUCAAGGAUGAAGAUGACUACGAUGAGGAGGAUGUUGAGCAAGCAGAGGAUACUGACACUAUGGAUGACUUUAUCGCAUCCGACUCGGACGAAGAUGUAUCUCGACCCAAGAAGCGGAAGCGAUCCUCCAAGCCAGCUGCUCCACGAAAACGAUCCAACAUGUCAUCACCCGUCCCCGCACCCGAUAUCGAUAUCAAGGAUAGUAUCCUCGAGGAUGACGAGAUGAUGGAAGACAUCCCAGAGGGUUCCACAGCAUCUCAAUGGAACUACGACCCAAAGUCGUCCGAGAAGCACCCCGUUAUGAAGCCAGCAGAGCGGGCCGCAAAGGAUCCCAAGUACAAGGAGAAGGCCUAUGUCAAGGAGCCCGAGCAGCGAUAUCCUUGGCUUGCUAAGAUCAUGGACAAGGAGAAGCGUACACCUGACAACCCCGAGUACGACAAGAGAACCAUUUACAUUCCUCCUGCUGCCUGGAAGAAGUUCUCGCCUUUCGAGACCCAGUACUGGGAGAUCAAGCAGAACCUGUGGGAUACCAUUGUCUUUUUCAAGAAAGGCAAGUUUUACGAACUCUACGAGAAUGAUGCCACUGUGGGACAUCAGGAGUUUGACUUUAAGAUGACGGAUCGCGUCAACAUGCGCAUGGUCGGAGUCCCAGAGAGCUCCCUCGACUACUGGGUCAACCAGUUCAUCGCCAAACAGUACAAGGUGGCUCGUGUCGAUCAGAUGGAGACCAACCUGGGCAAAGAGAUGCGUGAGCGACAAGACAAGAGUGGCAAGAAAGCAGACAAGGUCAUCACGCGUGAGCUGGCUUGUGUCUUGACUGCUGGAACCCUCGUCGAUGGCGGCAUGCUGCAAGACGACAUGGCUUCAUACUGCGUGGCCAUCAAGGAAUCCGUGGUGGACGACCUCCCUGCCUUUGGCAUCGCCUUUGCCGACACUGCUACUGGUCGAUUCUACCUGUCCAGCUUUGUGGACGAUGUUGAUCUGACCAAGUUUGAGACUCUGAUCGCUCAAACUGGUCCUCGAGAGCUACUUCUGGAAAAGUCGAAACUCUCAACCAAGGCACUGCGUAUCCUCAAGAACAACACCAGCCCGACAACCAUCUGGACACACCUCAAGCCUGACACCGAGUUCUGGGAUGCAGACACGACCCGUCGCGAGCUUGGUUGCGGAAAGUACUUCAAGGUUGAAGACAUUGAUGAUGAGGUUUGGCCCGAGGCUCUCCAACAGUUCCGAGACGAUGACAUUGUCAUGUCAGCCGUCGGAGCACUGGUCUCGUAUUUGCGCUUUCUCAAGCUGGAGAGGCCUCUGCUCUCGCAGGGCAACUUUGAGCGUUACAACCCAAUCCAGAAGAACGGAACUCUGGUCCUUGAUGGACAGACGCUCAUCAACCUGGAAGUGUUUUCCAACUCGGUCAAUGGUGGCGCCGAAGGUACCCUGUUCAGCCUGCUUAACAAGUGCAUCACACCCUUUGGAAAGCGCCUCUUCCGGUCGUGGGUUGCCCACCCUCUCUGCAAUAUCGACCGGAUCAACGAGCGUCUGGAUGCCGUCGAGAUGCUCAACGCUGACCAGGGUGUUCGAGAAGAUUUUGCUUCGCAGCUCGUCAAGAUGCCCGAUUUGGAGCGACUCAUCUCACGCAUCCAUGCCGGCGCGUGCAAACCCGAGGAUUUCGUGAAAGUUCUGGAAGGCUUUGAGCAGAUAGAGUACACCAUGAGCCUUCUUGGAGCUUUCAAGGGCGGCAAUGGCCUUGUUGACCGCCUCAUCUCUUCGAUGCCGAACCUUGAAGAGCCCCUCAGCUUCUGGAGGACGGCAUUUGACCGUCGCAAGGCUCGCGAUGACAAGCUUCUCAUUCCCGAGCGUGGUAUCGAGGAAGACUUCGACGAGAGUGCGGAUCGGAUUGAAGAGAUCAAGCAGCAGCUGGACGAGCUGCUCGCUGAAAAGAAGAAGGAGUUCAAGUGCAAGCUCCUCAACUACAGGGACGUUGGUAAGGAGAUCUACCAGCUGGAGGCACCAAAGAGUGUCAAGGUUCCAUCCAACUGGCGCCAAAUGUCGGCCACCAAGGACGUCAAGCGCUACUACUUCCCCCAGCUGUCCCAGCUCGUCCGGGAGUUGCAAGAAGCUGAGGAGACACACUCGCAACUUGUACGCGACGUCGCUUCUCGGUUCUUCAAGAAGUUCGAUGUCGACUACGAGACGUGGCUGCAGGCCAUCAAGAUCAUCUCGCAGCUGGACUGCCUGGUCAGCUUGGCCAAGGCUUCAGCAUCGCUCGGCCAUCCCAGCUGUCGCCCACAGCUUGUCGACCAGGAACGAAGCACCGUCGACUUCCAGGAGCUUCGACACCCUUGCAUGAUGAACACGGUAGACGACUUUAUUCCCAACGACAUCAAGCUCGGCGGCGAGCAAGCCAACAUCAACCUGCUGACAGGUGCCAACGCCGCUGGCAAGUCUACUGUCCUUCGCAUGUCCUGCAUUGCAGUCAUUAUGGCCCAGAUUGGAUGUUUCGUGCCAGCCAAGUCUGCCCGCUUGACACCUGUCGAUCGAAUCAUGUCGCGUCUUGGAGCCAACGACAACAUUUUUGCUGCCCAGUCAACCUUCUUUGUUGAGCUGUCCGAGACAAAGAAGAUCCUUUCCGAAGCUACUCCUCGCUCGUUGGUCAUUCUGGAUGAACUCGGCCGUGGAACCAGUUCGUAUGAUGGUGUUGCUGUUGCCCAGGCUGUUCUUCACCACGUUGCUACUCAUAUUGGCUGUGUCGGCUUCUUUGCCACCCACUACCACUCGCUGGCGACCGAGUUUGAGAAUCACCCCGAGAUUCGAGCACGAAGAAUGCAGAUUCAUGUUGAUGACGAGGAACGACGUGUCACGUUCCUGUACAAGCUGGAGGAUGGUGUUGCCGAGGGCAGCUUCGGUAUGCACUGCGCUGCCAUGUGUGGCAUCUCAUCAAGAGUCAUUGAUAGAGCUGAAGUGGCUGCCAAGGAGUGGGAGCACACCAGCCGACUCAAGGACAGCCUGGACAAAGCAAAGACGGGAUGCUACAUCCCAUUGGGUAUCCUUAGUGAUGUGGGCUCGUUGCUGGGCGACAAGGGCGAGAUGGGAGAAGGGGGUGUGGAUGUUCUUUUGAAGGCUAUCGAGGCGUUGUAG